CAGAUGGCGAUUUCCCACUCGUGUGCGAGACGUAGAGGACUCAGCAGCAGAGGAGAGCAGGUGGAGCGCGAGCGGAACUGAAGUGAAGCAACAGACUGGAUGAGUUUGAGUUUGCAACGACUGAUCUCACUGACGGACAAAAGAAGGGGAGCAUUGAAACAUUUAAAUACAAGAAGACUGAGGAGAAGGAAACCCCCUGAAGAAGUUCAGCAGCUCGGAUUCUCUGUGCUGAAGAGACGGAAGAGAGAUCGAACUGGUGUGACCUCUCAUCAUGCAGCACUACGGAGUGAACGGAUACUCUCUGCACGCCAUGAACUCCCUCAGCGCCAUGUACAACCUACACCAGCAGGCUGCGCAACAGGCACAGCACACGCCCGACUACCGGCCGUCUGUGCACGCGCUCACACUGGCCGAGAGACUCGCUGACAUCAUCCUGGAGGCUCGUUACGGCUCUCAGCACCGCAAACAGCGUCGCAGCCGCACCGCAUUCACUGCACAACAGCUGGAAGCGCUCGAGAAGACUUUCCAGAAAACUCACUACCCGGAUGUGGUGAUGAGGGAGCGGCUGGCUAUGUGUACCAACCUGCCUGAGGCCCGCGUGCAGGUUUGGUUCAAAAACCGCAGAGCCAAGUUCCGUAAGAAGCAGCGCAGCCUCCAGAAGGAGCAGCUCCAGAAGCAGAAGGAGGCGUCAGGGGAAGGAGGAGGAAGUGAGAAGGAAGACGCACCUGCUUCCACAACUAUCAUCCCUGACACCCAGCUCCCUCCUUCAUCCUCCUCUUCUUCCUCCUCCUCUCUGGAGAUAGAGAGUCCUGUGGUCCAUCCUGUAUCUCUGGACAUGGAGCUGAAUGUCACAUCUGCCGAACACUCCGGCAGCGAGUCAGCAACAGAGGAUAACGCCACAGACAAGGAGGAUGAGAGUAAAUGUCAGAGAGAGGAGAUGAAGUGUGAGAGGGCGAUGACACCAGGGGACGUCUCUCCGGUCUGCAAAAGACUGAGUCCUAAACCAGACUCCCCCCUGGUCUCCCCCUCAGUGACCCCCUCCUCCUCCUCCAGCGGCGGCCUGACCAGCAGUGCUCCCCUCCCUCAGAGCCACUCGUACUCCUCCUCCCCCCUCAGCCUGUUCCGUCUGCAGGAGCAGUUCCGUCAGCACAUGGCCGCCACCAAUAACCUGGUGCACUACCCCGCCUUCGACCUCGCCGCCCCGUCUUCACUCCCCUACCUGGGCAUGAAUGUCAACAUGCCCCCCGCACCACUCGGCUCGCUACCCUGCCAGUCCUACUACCAGUCUCUUUCCCAUCAUGCUCAGCAGGUGUGGAACAGCCCACUGCUGCAGGCGUCAGCUGCUGGCGGCCUCAGCAGCCACACCAACAAGACCACCAGCAUUGAGAACCUGCGUCUGAGGGCCAAACAGCACGCUGCCUCACUGGGACUGGACACCAUGACUAACUGAGAACCAGUUGAAGAACAAUUUGAGGAAGUUUGGAGACUCUGUUAACACAUUAACUCACCCCACUGUGUGUCUGUAUGACUGUGAUUGCUCUCUAGGAACCAUGCAUUAAGCUCUACUUGAGUAGAUUGGGAGAGGACAUCUGAAUAUGUUUGAAAAUAACACAUGCCAACAUGGACUGGACCUGCAGAAAUCUCACUUUUCAACAGACACCACACUUGUUUGACUCCUCUGAGCUCCCAUAGCAGCUCAAGAUACAAACUGUAACACGUGAAACAAGAAAAACCCAUGGCAUAUCAAACAUUUCUAACAAAAGCGACAUCUGAAAUGACUAUCCUUUGCAAAGGACUGUGAACAUAUUCCUGACUGCUUCCAAAAAGCAAAAACCGCUGGAUCUUCUCAACAUCUAAAACAUCUUUAAAAAAAAAAUGUUCACAGAGCUGAUGAUGGACACACUAACUUCAAAAGACAAUGCAGAUAAUGUUUACAAGAAUAUUGUGAAUAAAUGAGGCACUUUUAGGCUCAUGUGCCACCAGGAGAAAAAAAACAAGCAGAAAGAGAUCAUCUCUGUCACAGGACCUUCAGCAUUUCAAUUAAGCAGCAGUUAUGUACAUAGCAUGUACUACACAACAGCACAUAAAAAAAGAAACUUCAAGCCAUGUUUUCCUCAACAGCGUAAUUAAAAGUGACUAAUUUGCCAGUUUAAUGGCUGGAAUUAUGCCACUUUGCACAAAAGGCUGGCUUGAUAAUGAGAAAAUGAUUUCAGUGAGUAAAUUCUCAAAGCUUUUAAUUACAUUUUGCCCCGGGCUGAGGGAGCCAGGGCAAACGCAAUUAUGAACAUGAAUACCAUUUAAGACCACAUUUAGAAAUCCAAAAGGUCUGUGCACUUAAACACUCAAUUAGUAUGAACAUGAUUGGAAUCACUUUCCAAUAAGCUGAACAAUUUGCCUUGAAUUUGGGCAAAAAAUGACUUCUGUACAAACGCCUCAUAUUUUCUGGCCUUAAUAUUCUCUUGAGGAAACAUGCAGCUCAUCUUUAAAAGUCCAGCUGACUGAUAGCACUUGAGGAGAAUCACAGGUCUGUUCAUGUGGUCUCUGUUCAUGUGAUCUGGGAGCUGAUGUCUUCAUAUAAAAAAAAAUGCACAUUAUUUUAGUUAUGUAAAAUACAAAAAAGUCUAUCUAAUAAUGUUUACUUGUAAGGUUAUUGUAAAUUCCCUAUUAAGUUGUAAAGUUGAUCAAAUUCCUUUAGCUGUCAGAUUGUAAGAUUGUAUUUGCUGAGCUCGCUGGCACCCUGUCUACCCUCCUCAGUUUUUGUGUAUUGAUCCUGGGUUCAAUUAAUAGUUUAAAUGUCUUCAUGUUCUUUUGUGAAAAUUGUAUAAAAUACUCAAAUGAAGAGAUGUGGAAUGCUGGAAGAGCUGCUACUUUCAGUUUUUCAGCAGUCUAGACAGAUAAAUCAAUGAAAGUGAAGAAAUUUCAAGUAAUAACUGAGCCCGGUCCUCUGUGUCCUGCCGUCUUGACUCCGUUUGAGUUCUGUUGUCGCUAAUAUCUUUAUGCUCUUCCCUUCACUGUCUCUGUCAGACUACUCGGUCCAGUGAAAGAUUGAUGUAUGAUGAUGGAGGGGGAGGAGAGAGUGAGCGGACCAUCAGCAGUGUUGUGUCCUCCCUAACAAUGUAGACUUGAACUAGUGUUGUUGUAAAAUAAUCACAAAUAAAAACAGUGCUUGGAGAUCUUUAUACAAAUGACUUUUUAAUCUGUGCUAAAUAUUCACCUUCUAUAUGUAUCACUCAGUUUGACAAAGCCAAACUCUUGGCAGGGGGUAUGUGCUUUGGUUUAAAUAUGCAACACAAUGCCAUAAAAAAACAAAAUGCAUGCAGCUAGCAAUUGAUGUAUUGAUUUUGUUUUCAAUUAAAUUAUUGUGCAUGCGAUUAAAGUUAUUAAUGAACUGCAAAAUUAGAAAAAGCUGAAUCAAAAUCCUGCUUUU